GCGGCCGCGCUUCCUGGCGCGAGACCCGCGCUCGCCGCCGCCGCCCGCCCAGGCGGCAUGACACGGCGCCCGCGGCGGCCCCGAGGCGCCGAGCGGGCCUGCUGAGCGGAUCGCGGCCGCCCGCCAGCGUGUCCGCGGCGCCGCCGCCAGCAUGGGCUGCGCGCCGAGCAUCCACGUUUCCGAGGGCCGGGCGGCGCACCCCAGCGGCAGGGAGGCCGAGGACGCGCCGGGAGGGCCGAGCCUCCCGCACGGCCCGCGGACGACCGCCUCGCUCGUGGCCCGCGGCGCCGGCCUCGUGGGGUCCGAGCCUCGUGGCGGCGGCAGCAGCGAGAAGGCGGCAGCCGAUGUGCAGUUUGGCCCCAUGAGAUUUCAUCCAGAUCAGCUCCAGGUACUUUUAGUGUUUACCAAAGAAGAUAAACAGUGUAAUGGAUUCUGUAGGGCAUGUGAAAAGGCAGGGUUUAACUGCACAGUUACCAAGGAGGCUCAGGCUGUCCUAGCCUGUUUCCUGGACAAGCAUCACGACAUCAUCAUCAUAGACCACAGAAACCCCCGACAGCUGGAUGCCGAGGCGCUGUGCAGGUCUAUCAGAUCAUCAAAACUCUCAGAAAACACAAUUAUAAUCGGUGUAGUACGCAGGGCGGACAGAGAAGAGUCCUCUGUGAUGCCCCUCAUCGCUGCUGGCUUUACGAGGAGGUAUGUGGAAAACCCCAGCCUCAUGGCCUGUUACAACGAACUGCUGCAGCUGGAGUUUGGAGAGGUGCGAUCACAGCUAAAACUCAGGGCCUGUAACUCAGUGUUCACGGCAUUAGAGAAAAGUCAGGAAGCGAUUGAAAUCACAAGCGAAGACCGCAUUGUACAGUAUGCAAAUCCUGCAUUUGAAACCACGAUGGGCUAUCAGUCAGGUGAAUUAAUAGGGAAGGAGUUAGCGGAAGCACCUGUGAAUGAAAAAAAGGCCGAUCUGCUUGAAACUGUAAAUUCGUGCAUCAGGAUAGGCAAGGAGUGGCAAGGAAUUUACCAUGCCAAGAAGAAAAAUGGAGAUAACAUACAGCAAAAUGUGAAGAUAAUACCUGUCCUUGGACAGGGAGGAAAAAUUAGACACUAUGUGUCCAUUAUCAGAGUGUGCAAUGGCAACAAUAAGGCUGAGAAAAUAACUGAAUGUGUUCAGUCUGACACUCAAACAGAAACAUGCAGGUGUCUGGAGAAGCGGACGUGUCUGUUGAACAGCUGUAACACGCUAGGCGGUGACGGGCACCUAGAAAGAGAAAGGGAGAUGGUUUCUGCCCGCAUGUCAUUCACGGCUGAUACUCAGUCAGGCAAACACAAAGACAGGCGAAAGAGCUCGCUAGACGUCAGGACUAUGGCCUCGCGCGCGAGUGAAGCUGCCAGCCAGAGGCGACCCUCUUCCGCGGCCCGGGUACAUUCCGUGACGAUCGAGGCGCCCAUCUCCAAGGUAAUCAAUAUCAUCAAUGCUGCCCAGGAGAGCAGCCCCAUGCCUGUGAUAGAAGCCUUAGACCGUGUGCUGGAAAUCCUAAGAACCACUGAAUUGUACUCGCCACAGCUGGGCGCUAAGGACGACGACCCGCACGCCAGCGCCCUGGUCGAGGGCUUGAUGUCGGAUGGUUUACGACGAUUAUCUGGGAAUGAAUAUGUUCUUUCAACAAAAAACCUCCAGCAGGUUUCAGGCAGUAUAACCACUCCCAUCACCCUUCACGAUGUCCCACCACGGAUAGCUCGGGCCAUGGAAGAUGAGGAAUACUGGGACUUUGAUAUUUUUGAACUGGAGGCUGCCACUCAUAAAAGGCCUCUGAUCUACCUUGGUCUCAAAAUGUCUGCUCGCUUCGGAAUCUGUGAAUUCUUAAACUGCUCUGAGACAACGCUGAGAUCAUGGCUGCAAAUUAUCGAAGCCAAUUACCAUUCUUCUAACCCCUACCACAAUUCCACGCAUUCUGCUGAUGUGCUUCACGCCACUGCGUAUUUCCUCUGCAAAGAGAGGAUAAAGCAAACUUUAGAUCCAGUUGAUGAGGUUGCCGCCCUCAUUGCCGCCACCAUUCACGACGUGGACCACCCCGGGAGGACCAACUCCUUCCUGUGCAACGCGGGAAGCGAGCUGGCCAUCCUGUACAACGACACUGCCGUGCUGGAGAGCCACCACGCGGCCGUGGCCUUCCAGCUGACCACCCGGGAUGACAAAUGCAACAUCUUCAAAAACAUGGAGAGGAACGACUACCGGGCGCUGCGCCAGGGCAUCAUCGACAUGGUCUUGGCCACAGAAAUGACAAGGCACUUCGAGCAUGUCAACAAAUUUGUCAACAGCAUCAACAAGCCUUUGGCAGCCCUGGAAGAAAAUGGGGAAACUGGUAAAGAUCAGGAAGCCAUAAACACUAUGCUCAGGACUCCAGAGAACAGGACUCUGAUUAAACGAAUGCUGAUUAAGUGUGCUGAUGUGUCCAACCCCUGCCGGCCCCUGGAGCAGUGCAUUGAAUGGGCUGCACGCAUCUCAGAAGAGUAUUUCUCUCAGACGGACGAGGAGAAGCGGCAGGGCCUGCCCGUGGUGAUGCCAGUGUUCGACAGGCACACCUGCAGCAUCCCCAAGGCCCAGAUCUCCUUCAUCGAUUACUUCAUCACAGACAUGUUUGAUGCCUGGGACGCUUUUGUAGACCUGCCUGAGUUAAUGCAGCACCUUGACAACAACUUUAAAUACUGGAAGGGACUGGAUGAAAUGAAGCUGAGGAGCCUCCGACCACCUCCUGAGUAGCGGGUGAUGCGGUCCGGGGCCCUGCAGCUUGUCCCUCGGCCAUUUGAUGUUUCUAAGGGCAGCCAGAGGGCCCUGGUCCCUUCAGUAUCAGGCAGCACAGCCCCGUCUGCAGAGCCUGUGAAGCACGCGGACGUCAGUGACCUUCGGUGGCCACCAUCUGAUGCCAUUGCCACAGCGUGACAUGUAGUCCACUCUAGCUGGGCCUGCUGCGGGGCUCUCGGAAAGUCACAUGAGAACCACGGUUUGCAUUAGCUUUCAUUAAAAUGGGAGCUUAGGAGCGCUCCUGCAAAGGAUGCCGCAGGUGACAGAAUGCCGUUGCGAACAAUUUCUCUCAAUUAUGUUCAACACUUAAGAACAGCUAAUGGCAAUCGGAUCCUUACCAACUUUUUUCACAUCCUAGAAGGUGCAAUCACUAAGUUUGGAACACUACUGAAAGUGACUUCUUUUAAAAUUGAGUAGCAAAUAAAAACGGAAAUUUUGAGGUUGAUUAUUAGUAUCAAUUAUUGAAAUGUUUUAUUUAUUAGACAUUCGAUGUUUUCUAUGAAUUUAAAAAUGCUUCAAAGCCAAAGCCAACUUUAAACACCAUGACCAACUUACAUGAUUUUGUUUCAUUAAAUAUGUGUUAUUUGGUGUAUAGACUUAUUUUCAUAAUGCAAAUUAAAAUACAAAAUGACACAUUUUUACCGCACUACAGAAAUAUUUGUGUAUGCCAAACUCUUUUCUGAUUGAUGCUGAUUGGGAAAAGCUGUUUGAAGGUGGUUCUGAUCUGAGGGCUGAAGCAGGCCAGCACCUUCUGUGCAGACACCAGAGCUCAGACGCUGCUCAGCUUUGGGGCUUGCAGGUGACUCCCCAAAGUAGGAGAAAUUAGGACUUGACACUUUCUCCCUAAAAUUUUAUAACUGAAUUUCCAGAAGUCUGUAUUUUAUAGUGUUUCUAUAAAAUAUCCCCUAUAAAAACAGAGUGAAAAUGGACUAUACAGUGAGUUGGCAUUUUAUAACCCGUCGGUUUUCAUCUGCAGUGGGAAUCUUUCUUUGAUUCUAAAAACUUAUACAGGUUCUGUAUCUCCAUGUUUUGAUAAGUGUAGUGCCAUAAAAAAUGACACAUGAGGCCAUGUCACAAUGCUUGGCAUUUCUUUUUAAACUUGUAUUUGUUUUUUUUUCCAGCUAAAAAUGAAAUUAAACUAUUUGUUUUUAAGAAA